GUGACAACUCGGGACGAGUUCAGUCACUCCUGACGUUGCAGUCAUUGCAAAUGUCUUUUGCGAAAGAUCAUAAUGACUGGACAUGCUCCUCUCAAAACCACAACAACUCGCUCGACCAAUAACUCAACACACUCUCCUUCACGCCUUGCUGUACGGUAGCCAAGCAAGUAGCCAUACUGCACAACCAAAAAAAGGGCACCAUGAAGAUAGCAUCUCGCAACAACAACCGAAGAAAACCCCAAGUCAGGACGUCUCAACUAGUAUUGGGAAUUUUGGUAUGUGUCCUGGCGGGUGCUGUCGUUUUGUUUGGUACUUCCAUGGCCUUUUUGACGCAACACGAGAAACAAACUUCAGGCAACAACAACAACAAUAUCAAGGAGGAUGUCAUUUCCAAGCCACUGGCUACAAAUACUAAUACUGGCAAGAAAGAAAAGUCCGCUUCCACACUAUUACGACACCAACUUCCAGCACCACCUGCCAUUUCGUCGCAAACAGUCAAGACCGCCCUAGACAAAGUCAAACAAGAAUUCUAUGACCGCUAUGGGGGCGAACAAGCUGCCAAUGCUCUCUACCAAAAGACCAUUACCUUUUUUGGUGCCAUGGACAAGACUGCCGACCGCAUUCUCCGUGCCGUCGCACAACAAGAAGCCUUUGUCAUGGGAUUUGCGGGAUAUUCCAUUACCGUUGGCAGAGGCAACUUCUUUUCCCAAUCCUUUCCCUUUGUCGUCGAACGCACACUCCAAGACAUUCUACAAAAGGUGGGAGUCCCCAACUUUAUCGUGCGCAAUUCUGCCAUUGGAGGGAUUCCCUCCUUCCCUUAUGCAUACUGUCUGGAUCAUUUUGUCUCCAAGCAAACCGAUGUACUCUCCUGGGAUUUUAGCAUGAACGAAAUGUCUAAAGAUCCCGCCGUCUUUGAAGCAUAUCUGCGACAGGCAUUGCAUCAAUUGCCCAAACAACCCAUGAUUAUCAUGGUCGACAACAACAAUUUGCGAGCACAAGUGCUGGAAAAAUAUGUCAAUCUGGGACUCUUACAGGGUGCAUUGACAGUUGCCAAGGCGGGCGCCGUCAUUGAUCCCGCGUUGCUCCAAAAACCAGACGAUCAAAAACCACCGGGGCUGCAAAAAUGGGACGAAUUUGGAGCCCCCGAUGGAUGUCCUGGCAAAGGAUCCUGGCAUCCAAAGAAAGCGGAACACGAAUUCAUGGGAUGGAUGAUUGCCAUGCAUUUCGUACAAGCUUUGGAAAUUGUACACCAAACACAAGUCGACAAUCCCAAUCAUUGGUACAAACCCUAUCUGGAACAACAACCACAAGUGCGCGUCACCUUUCCCAAGCCACUUUCCAAUCCACCCCCCAAUGAUGAAUCUGUGACGGAAAUUUUAUUUGGACAUGCCAACGAUAAUGACAAUCAAUAUCAAAUGAAGGAACUCUCCUGUCGCACCAACUUUUUGCCGGCGACCGACUACGAAAAGGUACUACCUUCCUUGGUGAUUGCGGGGCUUUCCAAUGAGGCCACGGCCGAGAAUAUCAUGGAAACCCGGAACGAUGAUUUCUACCACAAAGGGUGGGUCCUGGAUGUCAGUCCCGUUGAACGAGAUACCAAACGCAAAGUUGAAACCUGUGGUGGAUUGGGAUACAUCGACAUGAAGAUUGCACUCUAUGGAAUUCCCGAAAGUGGACCACUGGAACUCUUUUUGCCCUACGAGGGAGCACCGCACGAUCACAAUGACGCAACAGAGAGCGACGCACAACAUUGGUUUGAUGGUCUCAUUGUCUGUGAAGCCAAUGACAAGCGAUCCAAAGAAGCCUGUCAAUUGGAUCGAGACAUUGAGUACGUUGUGGGGGGUGUCAAGGUUCCUUCUGUUGUACGAGUCAAUGGUGCCGGGGAGUAUUUAAAGCGCAAGACCUGUGUCAGUGUCGGGGUACCUGCCGGAGCUAAGAUUGGGCGACGACAAGAAGUGGCGGCCGAUUCUUCUCAGACACAAGGCAUUGGUUUGCCCGUCAGCAUCACAGCCAAGGCACCUGUCACACGCAAAGUUGGGGCCUGCUGCCUGUCGCAUAUUGUGUGGGAGCAGCAUUAG